CAGACUCUUAAAAUCUUUAUUAUGUCAAGUUCACAACGAAAGCCUACUUAUCUGACUAUUUGGAUUUGAUAUUUAACUACUGUACAAUUGUACAUUUCGUGUGUUAAAUUAAACUACAAAUUUCAAGGAUGGCAGACAAGGCAGUAGCAACCGUCUCAAAGCCUGUGAUGCGAGGUCUCCUCCACAACGUAAUUAAGCGCAACCUCAUAGUUGCCAUUGUCCUCUCUACUGCAUGCGGAUUUUCAUAUAAGUUCUUUGUUGGUAACGUUCGCAAACAGAAGUACGCUGAAUUCUACAGGACCUAUGAUGCUGAGAAAGAAUUCGAAGAAAUGCGCAAGAAGGGUCUUUUCCAAUCCUGCUAAAUUGUCUAUCGUUAUGUAGUUGUAUUAUUUUGCUGUAUAAUGUAAUUUAAAAAAAUUAAAAAUAAUUUUAAAAAAGUUGUUUUCUUUUAAAUG